AUGGAUUUGAAAAGGAACUGGUUACGAUGGAAAAUUACAAUAGGUAGUGGGCCAGACAGUGUAGUGCUUGAUUUCCCAUCAUUUUUAGUUGGAUGUGCAUUCGCAACAAUGAUGGGACCAAUUCUGCAAAAGCUCAUAGGUAGACUUUUAAUAGGUUUAAUAAAUGUAUGCAAAUUCUUAGUUAUUAGUGGAAGCAUUGUUUUUAUUGUGGGGCUUGCAUCGAAGAAAUACACAUACCAAGAUUUUAAAGUAAGUAUAAAAAGAUCAGAAAAAUCAGACGGAAUGGAGACUGAACCAAAAAGAGUUGCGAAAAGAUCAACCGUUCCAAUGGAGAAAGAGGAUGAAGUAGGAUCUUAUAAUUACUUCGAAAUACCUAUAACGAAAGAAGCACCUACUAUUCCUUAUGUUAGUUAUGAUGGUACCGACAUCCUUAGAAAGCCAUCUAAAGACGCUUCCAGCGUAGCCCUAUCUAAUUCCAAUAGAUACGAAAAUUUUAUAAAUAUGGCACAACAUAAGUAG